UUCCAGUCUUCCGCAUCUUGUUCAAUCGAUUGAAUUUGCGAGUUAUUCUCAGCGUUUACAUGAACGCUCCAAAUUUGUAUUUGCAUGUCAUUCUCAACGUUUGCAUGAACGCUCCAAAUUAAAACAUACAAAAUCCAGGUGGCCUGAAAUAGGAUUCAUCCCUUUUCAUGGCGCUGGAGUUGUUGAUCGUCAACCGGAGACGACAAGAAGAUGGUCACGCUUUUACUGCAGUGCAGGAUUUGUGGGAAUCAUUAUUGGUUUCUGCAUCAUUAUCCACCAGGACCCGGCGCGUCGUUCCGACGGUAGACUGCGACUACGGGGAUUGUCACGAGGUCCGUCUCGUCGACCCCAAGUUGAAUCCACUAGAUUUCGGAUGGAUGAUCACACGAAGUAUAUGAUGAACGCUUUAAGGGAAAACGGAAUGGAACAUGAAACUGCCCCUCGUCUUGUUGCCCGCCUGCAAUGGUGGAACCAACUGAACCAUUUCCUAGAUAUGUUGCAUAACACUGAGGAGUCGAUUCAAAAUGUAACCACCGGAAUUACAGUGCUGAUGAAUUACCACGAACUCCAUCAGGAGGAAGUAGAAGAAGAUUUUGUCAACCUUGUCUUCUCACGAGUUCUACAAGAUGGUAAUCUUUCGCACUUGUACGCUAAAUUAUUUAAGCGACUGAGGAAGGGCAACGACAAAGAUUGGACCCAGAACAUUGUCCGCCGUCUGUUCCAGCUGUGCGUCGAUGAAUUCAAUACUCCAUAUCCUGAUGGCGAGGAACGUGCCCUGGUGAAAUGCAGAAGAGCAAACAACGUCAAACUUAUGGCCUCCAUGUUCAAGAGGGAAAUGCCUGGAGUACCGGACGAUUGGAUCACCGACUGUGCAGACAGUUUAAUCCAUCGUGUCGACCAAGAUGUCAAUGAACAAACAGUCCAAGAGCUUCAUCUCUUUGUCAAGACGCUAUUACUACCCGAACCAGGUGAAAACUGUGACCCGAUUCAUCCGACCCGGCAAAGGCAACUGUUGGCUUGCUUCGAUGCCAUAGAACGCGCUGCUUCUCCACGCAAAAUCCAGCCACCAUCUGCGAUUGAGAAAUUCCACGAUAAGAGCGAUGCAAAAGACGAGGAUGUUGCAACGGAUGGAUGUGAAGGCGACUCAGAGUCGAACUCAAAAUCCGACACUGAAAACCCACAUUCAUCUACAUCACUCUCUGACUCCGGAUCAGAAUGCGAGCAUUGCUCGGAUGGAUACGAGGACGAAGUGGACACUGAUACGGAUAGGAAUGAUACGGAAGGGUACAAGAGAUGUGAUUCGGGUAUGAAACCAGAGAUAGAGAAGAAAACCGUCAAGCCUACAGGAUUAAUCGAAGGCAUUAUAAUUUGGAUAAAAAAUGCCAUGAAUGAAAAAGCGAUGGCUAAAAAGAAGUUCGAAGAUGAGGAGAAAGCCCGUAUGGACCAAAUUCAAGCGGAAAUAGAUGAGAUGACCGCAAGGAAGCUCGCAGAGGAUGAAAUAAUUAUGCAAGAAUUUCGAGCUGACAUGCGAAGGAAAACUGCGGCUGCUGCGGAAAGACGAAUUCUCAAGAACAGAAUCCGAUACCCUGUUUUCGUGCGAAGAAAUUAACAACUAAACGCGACCAAAUGACAUACGGAAAUGAAACCAAAUGACUUACUGAACUCUUUAUAAAGUAAUAAAUCAACGAACUGGUAAUUAUGAAUUUGUAAAAACAACCACGAAAGAGUUGCUAUUCUUGAAAUUCCAUUUAGUGGCUCGAUUCUCAGUCCUGAUCAACUUUGCAGCUGUCUUUUUAAGCAGUUCGCAAGAGAUGUCGUUUCUGGGAAUUCCAUUGAAUGGCUCGAUUUCAAGUCUACGCAGCUCAUCAGGUUGUUUUUUUCCAAAGGAUUUCUUGCCAGUUUUGCGAUGUAUUACUUUAUGAAGAGUUUCAGUAAGUCAUUUGGAUCGUCAUUCCGGAUUGUCAUUUGUUUCGUCAUUUUGGAUUUUCAUUUGGAUCGUCGCAUUAAUUUGUUUUAUCUUCUUUCGGUUUUACAUUAGUAAAUUGCUGUAAAAGUAAAUUACACAACAAUAAUUGCCUAUAAAAAUCUUGUUUGUUUUAUUAUUAUAAGUUAAGUUUCAAAACU